AUGAUAUGCUAUAUGUGGAUUCUGGCUACAAUUGACGCCGCCCAAGAAUCUCGAAUUUUGCGAAGAACCAAAAGACAAGAAGGAGAAGCAGGUCAAAAUGGACAAGAAGGAGAAGAAGGACAAAAAGGACAAGAAGGAGAAGAAGGACAAAAUGGACAAGAAGGACAAAAAGGACAAGAAGGAGAAGAAGGAGAAGAAGGACAAAAUGGACAAGAAGGACAAAAAGGACAAAAAGGACAAUAA